GGAAUCAUGACGGAGGAUGCGGGGGAAGAAGGCGGGAGCCGACGGCUGAAGAGUCACGGUUGACAUAGUAACUCUUCAGCUCUGUCUCCCUUGCUCUCAGCUCUCAGGUUCCGCUGCUACCCGCCGCCCCGCCUGCGCUCGCUCGGUCCGGGAGCCCCGGCCGCCUCCCCGGACGCACCCCAGAAAAGGUCCCCUUUGCGACCCGCUGCGUGGUGACUUCUCCCCGGGCCAGCGGGUGAGCCGCUCGCGGAGCUCAUCUCUCAGGGCGUCUGCGCUCCUCGCCUCACCCUCACCCUCUAAGCACCAGUCUGCCGCGGGCCAGUCCGGCAGGUGACGCGGACCCCUCCGCACCGGGUCCCCACUGGAACUGCCGAGGCGCCUCCCCCAGGAGCUGGAUCCCGGCCAGUCGGGCGUUCCCGCCAUGAACCAGAGCCCAGCGUUCGGGCCCGGGAGGGGAGGCUCUCCCGGGGUGGCUACCCGGGCCCGCGCGCGGCGCAACGAGAGCCAAGACUAUCUGCUCAUGGACUCGGAGGUGGGAGACGACGGCUGGCCGCAGCCCCCCCUGCCUCCCUACGGCUACUACCCUUGCUUCCGGGGCACCGACAAUAGACUGACCCACCGGCGGCAGACAGUUCUUCGUGAGAAGGGGAGAAGGUUAGCUAACCGAGGACCAGCAUACAUGUUUAAUGAUCACUCAACAAACCUAUCUAUUGAGGAGGAACGCUUUUUAGAUGCAGCUGAAUAUGGCAACAUCCCAGUGGUAAGGAAGAUGUUAGAAGAAUGCCUCUCACUCAAUGUUAACUGUGUGGAUUACAUGGGCCAGAAUGCCCUGCAGCUGGCAGUGGCCAAUGAACAUCUGGAAAUUACAGAACUUCUUCUCAAGAAAGAAAAUCUGUCUCGUGUUGGGGAUGCCUUACUUUUAGCUAUUAGUAAAGGUUAUGUUCGGAUUGUGGAAGCCAUUCUCAGUCAUCCAGCUUUUGCUGAAGGCAAGCGGUUAGCAACCAGCCCCAGUCAGUCUGAACUCCAGCAAGAUGAUUUUUAUGCCUAUGAUGAAGACGGAACACGGUUCUCCCAUGAUGUGACUCCAAUCGUUCUGGCUGCCCACUGCCAGGAAUAUGAAAUUGUGCACACUCUCUUGCGGAAGGGUGCUCGGAUUGAACGGCCUCAUGACUAUUUCUGCAAGUGCAGCGAAUGCAACCAGAAACAGAAGCAUGACUCCUUCAGCCAUUCCAGAUCUAGAAUUAAUGCCUACAAAGGCCUGGCAAGCCCAGCUUACCUGUCAUUGUCUAGUGAAGAUCCAGUCAUGACAGCUUUAGAGCUUAGCAAUGAGCUGGCAGUGCUGGCCAACAUUGAGAAAGAGUUCAAGAAUGACUACAAAAAACUGUCAAUGCAGUGCAAAGAUUUUGUUGUUGGACUCCUCGAUCUGUGCAGAAAUACCGAAGAAGUAGAGGCCAUUCUGAACGGGGAUGUUGAAAUACACCACAGUGGUGGAGAUCACGGUCGUCCAAAUCUCAGCCGUUUAAAACUUGCCAUUAAAUAUGACGUAAAAAAAUUUGUAGCUCAUCCAAACUGUCAACAGCAGCUUCUGUCCAUAUGGUAUGAGAACCUUUCCGGUUUGCGGCAGCAGACCACGGCAGUCAAGUUUCUUGUGGUCCUCGCCGUUGCCAUCGGACUGCCUUUCCUGGCUCUCAUUUACUGGUUUGCUCCAUGCAGCAAGAUGGGGAAGAUAAUGCGUGGCCCAUUCAUGAAGUUUGUAGCACAUGCAGCCUCCUUCACCAUUUUUCUGGGGCUACUAGUCAUGAAUGCAGCUGACAGAUUUGAAGGCACCAAACUCCUUCCUAAUGAAACCAGCACAGAUAAUGCAAAACAGCUGUUCAGGAUGAAAACCUCCUGCUUCUCAUGGAUGGAGAUGCUCAUUAUUUCCUGGGUAAUAGGCAUGAUAUGGACUGAAUGUAAAGAAAUUUGGACUCAAGGCCCCAAGGAGUACUUGUUUGAGUUGUGGAAUAUGCUUGAUUUUGGAAUGUUGGCAAUCUUUGCAGCAUCAUUCAUUGCAAGAUUCAUGGCAUUCUGGCAUGCUUCCAAAGCCCAGAGCAUUAUUGAUGCAAAUGAUACUUUGAAGGAUUUGACAAAAGUCACGUUGGGAGACAAUGUGAAAUACUACAAUUUGGCCAGGAUAAAGUGGGACCCCUCUGAUCCUCAAAUUAUAUCUGAAGGUCUUUAUGCAAUUGCUGUAGUUUUAAGUUUCUCCAGAAUAGCCUACAUUUUACCAGCAAAUGAAAGCUUUGGACCUCUGCAGAUAUCACUUGGAAGAACAGUGAAAGACAUCUUCAAGUUCAUGGUCAUAUUCAUCAUGGUGUUUGUGGCCUUUAUGAUUGGAAUGUUCAACCUCUAUUCCUACUACAUUGGUGCAAAGCAAAACGAAGCCUUCACAACAGUGGAAGAGAGUUUUAAGACACUGUUUUGGGCUAUAUUUGGACUUUCUGAAGUGAAAUCAGUGGUCAUCAACUAUAAUCACAAAUUCAUUGAAAACAUCGGUUAUGUUCUUUAUGGAGUCUAUAAUGUUACAAUGGUUAUUGUUUUGCUAAAUAUGUUAAUUGCAAUGAUCAACAGUUCAUUCCAGGAAAUUGAGGAUGAUGCUGAUGUGGAGUGGAAAUUUGCAAGGGCCAAACUUUGGUUUUCCUACUUUGAGGAAGGAAGAACUCUUCCUGUUCCCUUCAACCUGGUGCCAAGUCCAAAGUCCCUGUUUUAUCUCCUACUGAGGCUUAAAAAAUGGAUUUCUGAGCUGUUCCAGGGCCAUAAAAAAGGUUUCCAGGAGGAUGUGGAAAUGAACAAGAGAAAUGAAGAAAAGAAAUUUGGAAUUCUCGGAAGUCAUGAAGACCUUUCCAAAUUAUCACUUGACAAAAGACAGAGUUGGCAGUACAGGACUGUUGCCAGGAGUGAGUGUGGUUCUCCAGGAUUUUUUUGUCAUAGUCAGAUGCAAGAUGACACCUUCACCUCCAGACAUCACACCCACUUUUCAGGCAUGAAGAAGGAAUGGGGCAAAGGAAAAGUGGGCCCCUAGCUGAAUCACCCUCAGAGAUGCCUCCCAACAAUUUCUGUUAUUAUAUCUCAUUAGCCAGAACUCUGCUACAGGGCCACCCCAUGGGACACAAAUGCCAAGGAGGGAUGCUAUUUUGUUUUGUUUUUAAGCCAAGUAUGUUACCUCCUCCAACAAAAUAGGAAUACUCUUAUGUAUUGAUAUAGUAUUGAUAUAGCCAGAUCAUUGAACCAAGUAGUCAGAAGAUUGGGAUCUCAUCUUAUCUCUGCCCCUUUAGCAAUUCGUUUGACUUCUCUGAACCUUAACUUCCUCAUCUACAAGAUAGGAAUGAUCAAGUUGUACAGCCCAUCACACAAAAUCGUUGAGAGGAUUCAGUUGAUGCUUUGUAAAUCACAAACACUAUUAUACAAAUAGUGAAGUACUUGUUAUAAAGAAGCAGCUUUUUGUUAUUUGGUUAUGAAUAACUCAAUAAAAAUUUUUCAAAAAUAGGUCAGUGUGAGUUGGAUUUUAUAGUUUUCCAGUAAGAAAUUACUUGUGCUGAAAGUAUGAUGAAUGCAUGAUAACAAUAAAGCGUUGGACAAAUAUGAGAAAAAUUCAAGCGGGAUCAACAUGGCUUUUUUCUUUACGAUAGAAACUAUAGUGUCUUUCAAAUCAAAUAAUUUUAUUUUCUUUAGAGUUUCUCAAAAAAUGUGGAAACUUAAAAUUUGUUUUAAUCAUCUGGAAAAUAUAUUUUUUAAACAUAGCUUGGAUUACUCUACACUUUCCGAUAGCACGUAUUUCAAUCCCAGGCGAAAGCAAAUUCUUUAACAGCAUUACGAAGCCUCUGGUAUCUGAUCACAGUGGUAGAUCGAUGAAAUGUUGAUUCCAAUGUCAGCUGAACCUUCUAGAGACCCUUUUGAGAGACUGUUUAUUGUGGCAGCCAUGGGAAUGUAUGGCUCAUGUUUUCUUUCGAGAGAGCCUGCUUCAAGGAGUUCGGUCAGCUGACAGCCUCCGGCUGCAGCAUCUUUGGGGUCCCCUCAGCUUUCCCGCCAUGGCCAUGCUCUUUAGGUCCCGGAUAGUUCAAGCCAACACAGGACCUCUCUUGGGGCAUUCUGCACCACAGCUCCCCGUUGGGCUGGCUGACUUUCCCAGACAAUCUUAUUACCUUUCCCUCUUUCCCAGGUGAGCUGUGCCUCACGGUCUGGGAGCUUUUUAUGCCUUCUGCUGCCACUUCCCAUUAUCUUUCACAGGCAUAAUUCUGAAUACAUCUCAUAUUUCUCACUUUGUCUUGGCAUUUGAUUCCUAGAGGACCAAAUCAACACAAGUGUCUAUUUUCCCUUACCAUGUAAGCUUGUGGUGAACAAAACUGAGGCAUAUUUCACAUAGCUUGCUUUUGCUUGAUACAUUAACUAUAUUCCUGAGAAAAUGUUUUUUAAAGCAACCAUUUAUAGUUCCAAUCAGUUUUGCCUGUUGUUGCUGUGUGUUUUCCCUAACCCAUUUGCAUGGCUUUUGUUCAUUCUUUUUCAUAAAGUCUAUGUCUAAAAUGGCACAGUUAAGUUUCUAUUUUGCUGGGGUCUUCUUUCUUGGCUCCUUGAAAGUUAAAGUGGUUAGGUCGCACAAACCUUCCUUCACAUCUGCUUCCUUCACAUCUGCUCCACAGACACUAUAUAAAUCAGUCAGAUGAGCCAUAUAAAAAUACUUUUUAGCAUAUCUAUUUAUUAUCUUUAAUCAGCUCCAAGUAUCACUGACUUUGGUGGUUAGCAUUAGCUUUUCGGACAUAUAGUCUGAAAGGACAGCAUACAUUAAUAUUCAGUCUCUGCCAUACUGUAUUAUAUGUAUAAACCUGAAAAUGCCAAAUAACUUCUUGAAUAUUUGCUCUGUUCCAGCUCUAGAACAGAUCCCCUUCAAGUAGUCAGUUUCAGAGCAGGUUUUACAUGCCAUGGACCAUAGGCAAGUAUGGAGCGUAGAUGUUAUUUCAGGAUUUGGGGUCCAUUCUGUACUGGAUUGAAUGAGAUGUGGAGAGUUUUUUGUUUUAUCAGUUACAUAUCCAGGAACUAUGUCCUUUAGCUUCUAAUUAGGUCAGGGGCUUUCUUUUUAGUCAUCUGAUGAACCAGUUAUAUAAUGUAGUGAUUCCAAUUUGUUACUAUCACCAGGGUCACUUCAACAGAUGAAUUUGUACAAAUUACCCAUCCUCUUCUCCAGGUCUAUAGAGUUAAAAUCUCUGGCCAUUGGGCCUGGAAAUGUGCAUUUUAGUAAGUACUUAGGAGAUUCUAAUGCUUAUCUGGGUAUGGGAAUCACUGAGUAUUUCAUUCCCUGGAUGACUUAGUCAUGGACAUGAGCACAUCAGUAAAAAGCAAUAUUCAGCAAAGUGUCUCCAAAAGAAAUAGAGCAGAUUAAAACUAACCAUGAAAUAGGCCUAAAGCCACAUAGUAGAUAAUUAUCCUUCUGUACAAUAAUAAUAGCUGUUGACACUUGUACAACAUCUGCUAUGUCAAGCUACUCAUUCUACACACCUUAUCUCUUUAAUCCUCAUAUUAACUCUAGAAGGUAGGUAAUAUUAUUUUCCCUAUUUUAUACAUGAGAAACCUUAGGUUAACAGAGGUGAAAUGACUUGCUCAAAGUCCCACUUCAGACACAUGACAGAGCCAGAAUUCAAAUCCAUAUCUGUUUGAUUUCAAGCAAGAGCUUUUACAAGCACUGUACCACAUGGUUUCAUGUCAUAUGUGCACCCCCUGCUGACUGAUCAUAUUUCCUCUGCAUUUUCAGUUCAUUGCUUUGAUCCCUGCCUCAGACCCCUCAACGUGGGGAAUGGGAGACAGACUCCUAGUACUAUGUCCAACAACAUAAAAAAUUCCCAAGCCUGAGGCUUACUUGUUAUUCUUAAUGAAUAACAAACAAGUUAUUUAGUGUUCCUCACUCUAAUCCUACAAUGAAGCUGCAGCAAGAUAAGAAAUGCUAAUAUCAAACUAAUUACUAGGAUUAAAAAAGAAAAGAAACAUAAAGAAUGCAGGAAAUGCGGUAGAAGGUGUGGGGAAAAGAAGGACAGGCAGUGCUUUAUUCAGAAUCAGAGUGUGUAUUUGCAUUAGACAGGAAGAAAGCUUAUUACACCCAGUCCUUCCUGCUUCUACUCAACAAGCUCCCCUUUCCCACUCUCAUCACAUUAUGCGUCAGUGCCAUCUAUAAAUGUCCAAAUCACUAAGGUUUAAAUGCUAUUCAUAUUGCCAACUGAAUUCCCUUGACUUCCCAGCCUAUUUUAGUAGCUGUACAUCAAAACAAAUAUAAAUUAGAAUUUUCUGCCACCAAGUGGUAAUAAUGCUUCUUUGCACCAUUGGGUAAGUUUCUUCUUACAUAUUACUCCUUUGUGUUAUUAAAUUUUUAAACAUGUAUUUGUUGAAUACCUACUAUAUAUCAGAAACUGUUUAGAAAUUUUUGCUAAAUAAAUGUUAUAUUUGCAUCCAAAUUCAUACUUCAGAUUUAGAGCAGAACUCUUCACAUAAAAGUGAUCCAAAUGAAUUUGUAACUGUUUAGUCAUAUACCAUUUAACUAUACUAGUGGUUCCCACUGAGAGGUAAUUUUGAUUCCACACUACCAGCAGUCCAGGGUGCAUUUGUAAUACCUGGAGACUUUUUUGGUUGUCACAACUAGAGAGGGGAACUGUUAUUGGCAUCUAGGGUGUCAAGGCCAUGGGUGCUGGCAAACAUUGUACAAUGUACUGGAAGCCCCCCACAGUAAAUAAUUACCCAGCCCAAAGUGUCAAAAAUGUUGCAGUUGAGAAAUCCCAGACUCUACCCAUUGGGUGCAUGCAAAGAGGAGCUGUGUGUUAUAAAACUGUAUGACACACUGUAGCUGCAGUCAUUGACACGUCAAGAUCUACAAUCCGGAAAAUCUACAAUUAUACCCAUUCUCAAAUGAACAGAAAACUGUUUUCUGGCUUUCCUGGUACUGUUACCUCUUCUGUGUCAUCCAGGGUAUUAAUUUGUAAGUCAUCUGCCUCAGACCUUAAAACCAUGUUUCAGAUUUAUCUUUCCCGUGUGGUUGAGCUGCAGCCAAUUGGUUCACGAACCUGUAUUGUACACGUCUUUUAUAGCAAGUUGUUCAGAAACCAGGUGAACUCUAUUAGUGACCCGAAAGCACUUCUCCCUUCAUUCAUUCACCAACCAACAACUUUUGAGCACUUACCAUCUGCCGGACAGCGAUGGCUCUUAAGGCACUGAGAUAAACUAAACAAAGUCCCUCCUUCUGUAGAGCCCAGGAGGAUGUAGACAAUAACCAUGUAAACAAGCCAGUGAAUAAAGUAAUUAGCAAUUGUGAAGCAUGUUUUGAAGGGUACAAAAGGCCUAGCUCUCUCAAGAUCUAUUUGCAUGGGGUAGGCAGAGAAAGCCAUUUGAGGAGCUUAUGUGUUGAGCUAAACUCCAGAGGAUCAGACAAAGCAAGUCAGACAGGCAAAGAGCCAGGAAAAGAGUGUUUCAGGAAUUGGGAAUAACAAACCUUAAGUUAGAAAAGAGCAAAUGAAAAAAAGCCUGCAUAGUGUUCAUAUAAUACUAAGUUUACAAAAAAGGAUGAUUGCCAUAGACAUGGUGGGUUGUGGAGCUGCCUUAAUUGGAAUGACCGGCACAACGAGUAUUAAGGUCCACACAUUCAUCUCUAAAAAACUCUCAAAGAAGUAUAAUUUUUCACUUUCUUUUUUCCA